GUUCUCCCGCCAACAUACCAUUUCAUGCUUAAUGAUAAGAUUGAAGGCUUGAGGAAAGGACAAACAGCUUUGAAGUCCUCCAAUCAAUAUGGCAGACAUCCUAGACAGCCUAGAAAGCAUUCCUGACCCUGUGGUUCUCGAGAAAUCGAAGAAGGCGAUUGCUUGCCUGCGACGCACUUGUGCGCUAUACCCGCUUGAGAAAAUCGCAUUCAGCUUCAAUGGCGGCAAGGACUCCACUGUCUUGCUACACCUACUGCGAGCCGCAGUGGCUCAGCAGGAAGCGGCCAAGGGGAGCGCGGGUACGAUCACAGGCCUGGGUGGGAUGCUGAGCUUCUACUUCCGCCAGAAGGACGACUUCGCAGAGGUCAAGGCGUUCGUUGAGGGCGCCGAUAAGGCGUACGGUCUGGAUGUGGAGUACCUGAGCGAGCAGGACUUCAAGAAGGGGCUGUGCGAGUACCUGGAGCGCACGGGCGUCAUGGCCAUAGUGCUGGGCACACGCCGCGGCGACCCCAACGCGGGCGGCCAGGACGUGUUCUGCCCCAGCAGCGAGGGCUGGCCGGCCUUCAUGCGCGUCAACCCCAUCCUGGACUGGACCUACCACGACGUGUGGGUGUUCCUGCGCGCCACCCGCGUCGCCUACUGCUCCCUGUACGACCACGGCUACACCUCGCUCGGCGGCGUUGGCAACACGCUGCCCAACAACACGCUGCGCCGCCCAGACGGCUCCUACGAGCCCGCCUACCACCUAGCUGACGGCCGCCUGGAGCGAGUGGGCCGUGUGCACGCCGCGCCCGCCAAGGCGCCCGCAGCCGCCAUGGUGCAGGCCGCACACGACGCGCAUGCAGCACAGCCGCAGCCGGGGCAGGCGGCCGGCAGUGGUGGGUCGGCGGGCGGAGCGGCAUCGGCGUGUGGGGCUUCGCAAGGAGGUGUGGCGGUGCCUGUGCACCACGACUCGGGCGAGGUCGGUGCGGUGCAGGCGAACGGGGAGGCUCCGGCGGCGGCGCCGGCGCCGGCGCCGGCGCCGGCGCGGUCAGGCGGCGGCGCGCCGGAGGCUGUGUCGGAGCUGACCCGCAGUGCGGCCAUUGUGGUGGUGGGCGACGAGCUGCUGUCCGGCAAGGUGGAUGACGUCAAUGCGCGCUUCCUGUGCCGCGAGCUCCGAUCGCUGGGCUGGCAGGUUUUGCGAGUGGUGUUCGUGCCUGACGCCGUGGAUGACAUUGCCAGUGUGGUGCGCGCGCUGGCUGCCACCGCCGAGGUGGUCAUCACGGCGGGCGGCAUCGGGCCCACCCUGGACGAUGUCACCAUGCAGGGCAUUGCGCUGGCGGUGGGUCAGCCGCUGGUGCGGCUGCCGGGCAUGGUUGAGCGCAUGGCCAGCUACUUUGGCGGCGAGGCGGUGCUGACACCGGCGCACCUCAAGAUGGCGGAGGGACCGCAGCACGCCGACCUCAUCGACUACAAGCUGGCGGACGGCAACGCCUCCAAGUUCCCCAUCCUCAAGAUCAACAACAUCUACGUGCUGCCGGGCGUGCCGUCGCUGCUGGUCCAGAAGUGGGGCGCACUCAAGGAGCGGCUCCGGGACGACGCGCUGGCGCCCUUCCGCAACGCCACCCUGCGUCUGUCCCUUACGGACGAGACCACCAUUGCGCCGGCGCUGGAGCGUGUGGCCUCCACGCACGGGCUGGACGUGGCGGUGGGGUCGUACCCCGUGGAUAACGGCAUCAUCGUCACACUGGACAGCAAGAACACGCGGGCGCUGCAGGCGGCGGUGGCGGACAUCACGGAGUUGCUGCCGGGCGAGGCGGUGGUAGCGCUGGAGCGGGACGUGGACUCGCUGCAGUAGGCUGGGAGGAGGAGGAGGAGGAGGAGGAGGAGGAGGAGGAGGAGGAGGAGGAAGCAGCAGGAUCUAUAGAGCUGGAGAGGAUAUGCAUGAGCAUUUGGGGAGGACCAGGAGCUAUGGA